GACUUUCCAAGGUUAAUUCCAGUUCUCUUUGGUUUUUUUUUAAAGACAGUUUAUGAAAAUAAAAAGUUUAUUAUACUUUUUGCAUUACUCUUUAAUAACUUUUUUAACUUAUAUAUCCUAAGAGUAAGGUCUCAGAAUUAUUUUCUAACUGCUUUUUUAAGGGAAAUACAUUUUUUUUUAAGAUUUUUUUUGAUGUGGACGACUUUUAAAGUCUUUAUUGAAUUUGUUACAGUAUUGCUUCUGUUUUUUCCUUUGGUUUUUUGGCCACGAGGUAUGUGGGGUCCUAGCUCCCCAACCAGGGAUCAAACCCACACCCCCUGCAUUGGAAGGUGAAGUCUUAACCACUGGGCCGCCAGGGGAGUCCCCAAUAUGUCAUUUUCUAUAUUACAGACCACCCUUAAAUUUUAUGGCAUUUUUCCAGGAAAAGAGUUAUUGCUGUUUAUGAUAUUAAUAGUCCCUGAGGCUUAGCUUUGAUCAGUAUGUACAUGAUGUAGCAUUUCCUUUUGCUGCAGCUUUUGACAACAGAUGAUUCUGGGGCCUGCGGGGCCAGUUGGGGAAUGUUUAUAUGUGGUAUUUGAGUUCACUAAUACAAACCUCUCUCCACUGGUUUGCGUACAAUAGGGUAAGGGAGACUGGAAAUGGAUAGAGAAGUUGCAGUUAGCAGCUGCAGGGUAUAAGCUCCUGUGAAAACUAUGUUCCUAAUUAAUGGAGGUAGGAGAGCCUGUUGGAAUAAGGAAACUUCAGUGUACAGGAUCUCAGACUUCCUGUUGAGACAGGAGAGUCUAGGAUAAGGCAUGGACUAAGGCAGGGACGUUCAGUAACAGGUGAUAGGAAGAACAACGAGUAAAAACUCAGAAGACAGCAAGAAAGAGUUCCUUCCAUGCACUGAUUCCCAACUUGAUAAAGAAAAUGGGGUGAGGAGGUUCCGAAAAGAGAAACAGCCUGACAGAAAUUUGAACUUCAAUUUGAUCAAAUACUGAACCCCAAAGCAAAGUGUGAAGCCCAGGGAAGAUGAGUUCCUUAAUGGUGAAUCUGUCUUCUCCUCCCCAAUUCUGUCGUUAGUGAAAGUAGGGGCUCUAAAGCAAAGUGAGGCCAUUAAUACAACUAAAAUCAGUUUUUACCCAUCUGAAUAAGUGUGCUUACUUUUUCACACACCCCCUUUCUCUACAUGUUACUUGUCAGGGAAACGAAGUGGCUAAUGGAUGAUGGAGCAUGUAUAAGAUCUUUAUGAAGAAAAUUAGAUGAGUAUUUAGUAAGCAGAUGUAACUUCUUUCUGAAUAGGACAUCUUAAAUAUUGUAAGUUGUCAACUGAUCCAUAAAUUUAAUGUAUUUUCAACCAAAUGCCGACAGAUGUCCAUCAAUAAGCAAAUGACUACAUAAAUUGUGAUAUAGCAAUGCUCUGAGUUAUGCAAACUAAAAUGAGGGAAAUGAAGAUGUUUGAAAUGGAAAUAUCUCUAGGACACAUGGAAAAGAAAAUGUGCAAAUAAAGCUGUGGAGCACCUAAAUAUAUAAAGCAAGUAUUAACAGACAUAGACAGCAAAUAUUAACAGGAUAGACAGCAAAACAAUAAUAGCAGGGAACUUUAGUACCCCACUUUCAUCAAAAGGAUAGAUCAUCCAGUCAGAUUAUCAAUAAGGAAGCACUGACCUUAAAUAACAUGUUUAGACCAGAUGGAUGUAACAGACAUGCAGAACAUUCCAUCCAAAAGCAACAGAAUAUAGACUCUUUUCAAGCACACAUGGAAAAUUCUUCAGGACAGAUCAUAUGUUAGGACACAAAACAAGUCAAUAUGUUUAAGAAGACUGAAAUCAAUAUCAGGCAUCUUUUCUGACCAUAAUGGUAUAAAACUAGAAAUCAACUACAAGAAGCCUAAAAAUUUCACAAAUAUGUGGAAAUUAAGCAACCUACUGAACAACCAAUGGGUCAAAGAAGAAAUUUAAAAAUAAUGAGAAAUGAAAAUGGAAACAACAUACCAAAACUUACGGGAUACAGCAAAAACAGUCUAAGAGGGAAGUAUAUAGGGAUAAAAGCCUACAUCAAGAAACAAAGAUCGCAACCUAACUUGCUAUCUCGGGGGGAAAAAAAUGAAGCCCAAAGUUAGUAGAAGAAAGGAAAGAGCAAUGAAACUUAAGAGCUGGUUUUUUUCUUUUUAAGAUAAAAUUGGUAAAACUUUAGCUAGACUCACAAAAAAAGCCCUCAAAAUCAGAAAGGAAAGAGGAGGUGUUACAAGUUGUACCAUGGAAAUACAAAGAAUCAGAUGUUACUGUGAAUGAUUGUUGGCCAACAAAUUGGAUAGCCUAGAAGUGGACUGCUAGAAACAUACCUACCAAGAUUGAAUCAUGAUGAAAUGUGAAAUGUGAGUAGUCUGGUUAGUAGUGAGGAGAUUGAAUCAAUAAUCAAAAACCUCCCAACAAAAGUCCAGGACCAUAUGGCUUCACUGAUGACUUCUACCAUUUAAAGAAUUAAUACCAGUCCUUCUCAAACACUUCCAAAAAAUCAAAGAGGAGGAACCACUUCCAAAUUCAUUUUAUGAAACCAGCAUUACCCUGAUACCAAAGCCAGACAAGGACACCUAAAGAAAAGAAAAUUAUAGGCCAAUAUCCCUGAUGUACAAAAUAGAUGCAAAAAUCCUUAACAAAACUUCAACAGUAUGUUAAAAUGACCAUACAACAUGAUCAAGUGGGAUUAUUCCAGGAUGCAAGGAUGAUUCAACAUCUGAAAAUCAAUUAGUGUAUUACACCAGUUUAACAAAAAGGAUAAAAAUCAUGGUCCUCUCCGUAGAUGGGGAAAAAAGCAUUUGGUAAAAUUCAACAUCCAUUUAUGAUUUUAAAAAACUGUCAACAAAUUGAAUAUAGAGAGAAAGUACCUCAACAUAAUAAAGGCCAUAGAGACUUUCCUGGUGGUCCCCUGGUUAAGACUCUGUGCUCCCAUUGCAGGGGGCCCGGGUUCGAUCCCUGGUCGGGGAACUAGAUCCUGCAUGCCACAACUAAAAACGGAUCCUGCACACGGCAACAAAGAUUCCAUGUGCCACAACUAAGACCCAGCAUGGCCAAAUAUUAAAAAUAAAGGCCAUAAAUGGCAAGCCCACAGCUAAUCAUACUCUUGGGGAUGAGACAAGGGUGCCUGCUCUCACCUCUUAUUCAAUAUAGUAUUGGAAUCCUAGCCAGAGCUAGGAAAGAAAGGCAUCCAAAUUAAGAAGUAAAAUUGUCACUAUUUGCAGAUGACAUGAUGUUGCAUAUAGAAAACCCUAAAGACUCCACCAAAAAACUUAGAAUUGAUCAAUGAAUUCAGCAAAAUUGCAGCAUACUAAAUCAAUAUGCAAAAAUCUGCAUUUCUAUACACUAAUAAAAACUACCAGAAAAAGAAAUUAAGGAAAUAAUCCCAUUUACAGUUGCAUAGUAAGAAAAAACAUACCUAGGGAUAAAUUUAACCAAGGAGGUAAAAGACCUGUACACUGAAAACUAUAAGCGUGGUGAAAGAAAUUGAAGAAGACACAGAUAAAUGGAAAGAUAUUCCGUGCUUACAGAUUGGAAGAAUUAAUAUUGUUAAAAUGCCCAUACUAUCCAGAGGAAUCUACACAUUCAGUGCAAUCUCUAUCAAAAUUUCCAUGGCAUUUUUCACAGAAAUAGAACAGACAAUCCUAAGACUUGUAUGGAACCACAAAAGACCCAGAAUAGCCAAAGCAGUGUUGAGAAAGAAUAAAGCUAGAGGUAUCAUGCUUCCUGAUUUCAAGCUGUAUUACAAAGGUAUAGUAAUUAAAACAUUAUGGUAUUGACAUUAAAACAUACGUAUAGAUCAGUAGGACAGAAUAGAGAACCUAGAAAUAAACCCAUGUAUAUAUAGUCAGUUAAUUUACAACAAAGGAACCAAAAAUAUACGAUAGGGAAAGACGGUCUCUUAAAUAAAUGGUGUUGGGAAAACUAGAUCACUACCUUACACCAUACACAAAAGUUAAUAUGGAUUAAAGAGUUGGAGAUUAAACCUGAAAUCAUAAACUUCCUAGAAGAAAACACAGGUGGUAGGUUCCUUGAUAUCAAUCUUGGCAAUGAUUUUUUGGAUUUGACGCUAAAGCAAAGGCAACAAAAGCAAAAAUAAAUAAAUAGGGCUACAACAAACUAAAAAGCUUCUGCACAGCAAAGAAAACCAUCAGUCAAAUGAAAAAGAAUGGGAGAAGAUAUUUGCAAAUACUGUAUCUGAUAAGGGCUUAAUAUCCAAAGUAUGUAAAGAAUUUAUACAAGAUAACCAUCUAAAAUGGGCAGAUAAUCUGAAUAGGCAUUUUUCCAAAGAAGAUAUUCAGAUUGCCAACAUACAUGAAAAGGUGCUCAACAUAACUAAUCAUCAGGGAAAUGAAAGUCAAAACCACAAUGAGCUAUUACAUUACACCCAUGAGAAAGGCUAUUAUGAAAAAGGCAAAAAAUAACAAGCGUUGGCAAGGAUGUGGAGAAAAGAGAACUCUUGUGUAAUAUUGGUGAGAGCCUCUAUGGAAAACAUAGAGGUUUCCCAAAAAACUAAAAAUAGAACUACCAUAUAAAUCCAGCAAUUCCACUUCUAGGUAUUUAUCUGAAGAAAAUGAAAAAGCUAACUCAAAAAGAUUGAUGCACCCUCAUGUUCAUUGCCACAUUAUUUACAAUAGCUAAGACAUGGAAGCAACCUAAGUGUUCACUGAUGGAAGAAUGCAUAAAAUGUAUAUAUAUGUACAAUCAAGUAUUAUUCAGCCCUAAAAAGAAGGAAAUCUUGUCAUUUGUGACAACAUGGAUGAAACUGGAGGGCAUUAUGCUAAAUGAAAUAAGACAGAAAGACAAAUAGUGUAUAAUCUGUGUGGAAUCUAAAACAUUUUUAGAGUAACUUUUUAAUUUAUUCAUUUUAUUUUUUUGGCUAUGUUGGGUCUUAGCUGCAGCAUGCGGGAUCUUUUCGUUGUGACACAUGGGCUUCUCUAGUUGUAGUGCACAGGCUUCUCUCUAGUUGUGGUGUGCGGGUUUUCUCUGUCUAAUUGUGGUGCGAAGGCUCCAGGGUGUAUGGGCUGUGUAGUUUGCGGCAUGCAGGCUCUCAUGUUGAGGUGCGUGAGCUCAGUAGUUGUGGCAUGUGGGCUUAGUUCCCCUGCAGCAUGUGAGAUCUUAGUUCCCCGACCAGGGAUCAAACCCGUGUCCCUUCAUUGGAAGGUGUAUUCUUUACCACUGGACUACCAGGGAAGUCCCUAAAAAAAUAUUUUUAAUAAAAUAAAAAAUGAACUCAUAGGUACAAAGGCUAGAUUGGUGGUUGCCAGAGGUGGAGGUGGUAGGUGGGUGAAAUGGGUGAAAGUGGUCAAAAGGUACAAACUUACAGUUACAAAAUAAAUGUCAUGGGGAUGUAAUGUACACCAUGGUGACUAUAGUUAAUAACACUCUUAUUUGAAAGUUGCUAAGAGAGUAGAUCUUAAACGUUCUCACCACACACAAGAAAAAAAUUCGUAUCUAUGUGUGGUGAUGGAUAUGUUAACUAGAUUUAUUGUGGUGAUAUGUGUGCAGUGUAUACAAUCAUGUUGUACACCUGGAACAAAUAUAAUGUUAUAUGUCAAUUGUAUCAAUUUUUAAAAAUUAAUUUUAAAAAGGAAAAAUACAAGCUUUUCUUAUAACUUUGUAGAAGAGGCUUUUUAAAACUAUGUAUAAGCAGAGAUGCCAUAAGGAAAAAAAUUAAUAAAUUUGACUACACCAAAGUUUAAAAAUUAAAAACCAGAGCUACAGAUUGGGAAAAUGUUUUCUCAACCUAUAUACGAGAGAAAGGAUUAAUGUCCAGGAAAAAUAAGCUGCAGAUGAGAAGAAUAUACUAUAUAUAUGUUUCAAUAGCUAUAUAUUUUCUCAGUUUAUAAUGGGAAAAAGAUUAUUUCCCAAAAUGGAUACAGAGCUGACACAAAUCAAUUUUAAAAAUCAUUCAAAAUUAUAAACACACUAAUAAUUUGAUAAUAUUGUAAUAGCAUUGGUGGGUUUGUCUGGAAUUUGAUGUUGUAAUGCACUACUGGUAGGAGUAUAAAUCGGGACACUCCUUUUAGGGAAAAAUUUGUCAGUACCAUUAGAAGUUAAAAUAUAACUGACUACCCUAUUACCCAGCAAUUGUACUCUUCAAUAUUUUCCCUGAAGAAAUAACCUAUAUAUGUAUAGAAAAAGGCAUAUACAGUGACAUUCAUUGUGACAUUGUGACACUGAAAAUGGAAAAUAACCUAAAACCUAAUCAACAAAUUAAUGAUUAUGCAAGGUCACAAAGUGCAGCUUUCAAAAAGAAUAAGAUAUAUCAAUAUUUGCACAAUGUGAAGAUCUCCAAGUUGUGCUAUAUGGUAAAAAUACCAGUUGUAGAUCAAUACUCACAUUAUAGUACCUCUUAUUUUGUAAACUUGUUAGGUAAAAGUAUAUUCUUUAUGUACAUACACAUGUAAUAAAUGGUGAAUACUUUUUAGGAAGUAGCUGGGAUUAGGUAUAAGGCAAAUGGAACUAUUAUCUAAAUUUUGGGGAUAUUUAUGAGAAUGCAUUUAUUUAAUAUUUCUAUAAUUAAUAUAAUAUGCUUUUAGAGAGAUAACAAUGAUUAUAAACACAGGAAUCUGAAAAAUGAUACAUUUAUAUGAAGUUGUCAGGGCCACCUUGAAAAUUCCACUAAGUGAAAUAAAACUUUCUAUUAAAAUGAAUAUAUAUAUACAUUAACAAGACAAUUCUAGGAAAAAGAAUGAUAGAAGAGGCCAUGUCCUAUCAUAAAGUGAAAAGUACUACGCUACACAGGUAUAAAAAUUGAAAUACUGUGGUACUGGCACAGGAAUAGAUAGACAAGGAGUAGAAAGUCUAGAAACACAUAUGUCUAGAUAGAUAUUUCAUUUCUGAUAGUUGGCAUUUCAAAUAGUGGGGAGAGAAUGGCCUAUUCAGUAACCCAUUAGAAAUUGAUAAACCUACCACACAGCACAAACAAAGUUAAAAUUCAAGAUGGGCUAAAGAUCUAAAGAUUAGAAACAAGAAUAUUAAAUAAUACAUUUGACACAAGCUUUCAAAAAUAUGGUACCAAGUAAUGUAUUUUGAAGGACACUAUAAACCAAAUUUUAAAACUAACACUAGAGAGAAAUUUUUUUUCUAUCACAUUUUAAUACAUGAUAUCCAAACUCUAUUAAGAGUUCUUAUAUCAAUAAUAAGUUAAUAAAAAUGUACAAAGGAUAUAAAGAAGAAAAACAAGUAGCCAAUUAACCUGAAAAGCUACCCCUCUAAACAGAAACAAGUGUCCAAAAUAUGAAGUUUUAUAACAGGUGUGAGCAAACCAGAGAGAUUUAGACACACUUCUAACUGUAGGUAGGAUUUAAAUUUGAAGAAGCCUGUUUUAGAAGACUUUGGAUUACAAUAAAAAUUCCAAAUGGGCAUGCCAUUGAGUCAGCAACUUAAUUUCUAAGAAUCUAUCUUAAAGAAAAGAAAUGUGGACAAAGAUGUAUAACUAAAGAUACAGAUAUUAAUUUGCAACAUAUUAAAAUUAAGAACCAACCAGUGUUCAAUACGCAAGAGGUUAAACUAUGGUACAACCUUACUGUGGAAUGCUAUGCAUCUGUUAAAAAGAAGUGGGUCUACAUAUUCUGGUAUAAACAGAGCUCCAAGCACUAUUAAGUGAAGGAAAAUAAAAAACAACUGAGGAAUGCUACAUAAGACAUAAUUCCAUAUAUGUUAAAUUAUAUAUUUUAAAUGUUAUACACAUGUAUGUUUGCAUUAUAUAUAUGUAAUAAUAGCUAUCAUUCAGUUGCAUUGUUCUUAAUAUGCUAAUGAAUGACCUCAUUUAAAUCUCACAACCUAUCUGUCACCAUUAUACAGAUGAGGAAACAGGCACAGAGAAAUUUAGUAACUUUCGCCAGAUGAGAUUUAAACACUGGCAUUCCAACUCCUGAACAGCCAUUAAUAUGUACAGAGAAAGGAAACUGGAAGGAAGCACAGUGUUGAAAGUGAUUACCCUAUGAAGGGAAGGGAAGAGGGGAAUUAGUAAGUUUUCAUAUAUAUUUCUGUAUUGUUUGAAUCUUUUACAAAAUGUGUUCAUCAUUUACUUACAUAUUUUUAUUUUAUUUUAUUUAUUUUUAAGAUUUUUUAUUUAUUUAUUUUUGGCUGCGUGGGGUCUUAGUUGCGGCACUUGGGAUCUUCACUGAGGCAUGCGGGAUCUUCUGUUGUGGCACUUGGUGUCUUCAUUGCGGCUCCCAGGCUUCUCUCUAGUUGUGGCAUGCAGGUUUUUUCUCUUCUCUAGUUGUGGUGCACAGGCUCCACGGCACGUGGGCUCUGUAGUUUGUGGCACACGGGCUCUAGACGGGGCGCAAGAGCUCAGUAGUUGUGGCGUGCAGGCUUAGUUGCCCUGUGGCAUGUGGGAUCAUAGUUCCCUGACAAGGGAUCGAACCCGUGUCCCCUGCCUCGUAAAGUGGAUUCUUUACCACUGAACCACCAGGAAGUCCCUACUUUUUUUUUUUUUUUUUUUUUUAUUGGCUGCGUUGGGUCUUUGUUGCUGUGCGCAGGCUUUCUCUACUUGCAGUGAGUGGGGGCUACUGUUCAUUGUGGUGUGCAGGCUUCUUAUUGUGGUGGCUUCUCUUUUGCGGAGCAAGGGCUCCAGGCGCGGACUCCAGUAGUUGUGUCACGCAGGCUCAGUAGUUGUGGCUCACGGGCUCUAGAGCACAGGCUCAGUAGUUGUGGCGCACGGGCUCAGUUGCUCCACUGUGUGUGGGAUCUUCCCGGACCCAGGGCUCGCACCCAUGUCCCCUGCAUUGGCAGGCGGAUUCUUAACCACUGCGCCACCAGGGAAGUCCCUCUACAUGUUUUUUUUUGUGUGUUUUUUUUUCGGUAUGUGGGCCUCUCACUGUUGUGGCCUCUCCCGUUGCAGAGCAGAGAUUCCAGAUGCGCAGGCUCAGCGGCCAUGGCGCAUGGGCCCAGCCGCUCCGCGGCAUGUGGGAUCUUCCCGGACCAGGGCACGAACCCGUGUCCCCUGUAUUGGCAGGCGGACUCUCAACCACUGCGCCACCAGGGAAGCCCCCCCCGCUACAUGUUUUUAAAGGAGAAAAAAAGUUUGGCGAGGAACUCACUUUUGUUCUGCUAUGUAAAUAAGUUUUAAAAUAAUUUGUAAGUAAGAAAAAAUGUGGAGAACUUUUUUUCUGCAGACACUUCCCAGGUUCCUUGGCAUAAAUUGUGUGAGAAGUUUGAGGUUUUUGUGUUAUCUCUUAUAGUUUUAAAUUUUUUUGAUGUUACAUAGGUGAAUCACAUACUGAUCUUAUUAUCGUAGAUAACCCAGUUACAUAGUAAGUGUUUACAGUCACUUAGUAUUUUACAACCUCAACUGUAGUUAUAAAGUAAGUAUUCCACAUACCUCCUAACAGUUCCUUGAAGAUGGAGCUAGUCUGGCAUUUAGUCCUUAUUGUCCUCCUAAGUUUUUCUUGUUGGGGGUUAGACUGGGAAUCUGAUAGAAACUUCAUUUCAGCUGCUGGUCCUCUAACCAGCGACUUGCUACACAACCUGAGGGGUCCACUGGGAAACCAGGAUGCUCCCUUUGUAACAGGAGACAAAGAAAUUUAUGUUUGUCACCAGCCACUGCCCUCUUUCCUGCCAGAGUACUUUAGCAGUGUUCGUGCCAUUAUGAUCACUCAUUACAAAGUAUUUCUGCCGUGGGCACAGCUACUCCCAGAAGGAACCUCCAAGAACCCAGACAAGGAAACAGUGCAGUGCUACCGGCAACUCCUUGAGGCCCUCAAGAGUGCUCAGCUUCAGCCCCUGGUGGUCCUGCACCACCAGACCCUUCCUGCCAGCACCGUCCAGAGAACUGAGGCCUUUGCUGAUCUCUUUGCUGACUAUGCCUCCUUCAUCUUCCACUCCUUUGGGGACCUAGUUGAGAUCUGGUUCACUUUUAGUGACUUGGAGGAAGUGAUAAUGGAGCUUCCCCACCAGGAAUCAAGAUCUUCACGUCUCCAGAUCCUCACUGAUGCCCACAGAAAAGCCUAUGAGAUUUUCCAUGAAAAAUAUGCUUCUCAAGGCCAAAAGCUCUCUGUGGUCCUGCGAGCCCAGGUGGUCUCCGAGCUCCUGCUAGAACCGUCUACGUCUGCACUUGCCAAGGACGCAGUUGACUUCCUCUCUCUAGAUUUAUCUUAUGGAUGCCAAAGUGAGGCAGGUUUCCGGCAGAAGCUGAGUCAAUUGCAGACUAUUGAGCCAAAAGUGGAAGUUUUCAUCUUCAAUCUGAAACUCCAGGACUGCCUCUCCAUGAGGAAGAACCCAGCUGAUCAGUUCUUCAGCCUUCUCACAGCCAUAAGGGAAGAACAAGUGCUCACCAUUGGGUUUGAUCUUAGUACAUUCCUGAGCUGUUCAUCAAGUUCCAAGAAAAGCUGGUCUUGUUCUCUGACUGACAACCUGACCCUCCAGAUUCUCCUGCAGCUGGACCUGGAGACAGCAGUAGACUCCUCUCUGCCCCACUCAGCCUAUCAGAGAGUCUGGGAAAUGUUUGCCAACCAGUCCAGGGCACAAAGGGAUGCUUUCCUGCAGGAUGUUUUUCCUGAGGGUUUCCUCUGGGGCGUCUCCACAGGGGCUUUUAAUGUGGAAGGAGGCUGGGCCGAGGACGGAAGAGGGGCGAGCAUCUGGGACAGAGUCGGGCACCAGAACACCGGCAAGGGCCAAGCAACGCCAGAGGUGGCCAGUGACAGUUACCACAAGGUGGACACUGACGUCGCCCUGCUUCGUGGCCUCCGGGCCCAGGUCUACAAGUUCUCCAUCUCCUGGUCCCGCAUCUUCCCCACUGGGCAGGGGCAGAGCCCCAACCUCCGGGGCGUCGCCUACUACAACAUGCUGAUCGACAGGCUGCUGGACUCGCAUAUCGAGCCCAUGGCCACGCUGUCCCACUGGGACCUGCCUCAGGCCCUGCAGGAUCGCGGCGGGUGGCAGAAUGAGAGCAUGGUGGAUAUCUUCCUGGACUAUGCGGCCUUCUGCUUCUCCACGUUUGGGGACCGUGUGAAGCUGUGGGUGACCUUCCAUGAGCCGUGGGUGAUGAGCUACGCGGGCUACGGCACCGGCCAACACGCACCAGGCAUCUCCAACCCAGGGGUGGCCUCUUUUAAGGUGGCUCACAUGGUGCUCAAGGCUCAUGCCAGGGCUUGGCACCACUACAACAGCCAACAUCGCCCACAGCAGCAGGGGCGGGUAGGCAUUGUACUGAACUCAGACUGGGCAGAGCCCCUGUCCCCAGGGAGGCCUGAGGACCAGAGAGCCUCUGAACGCUUCCUGCACUUCAUGCUGGGCUGGUUUGCACACCCCAUCUUUGUGGAUGGAGACUACCCGGCUGCCCUGAGAGCCCAGAUCCAACAGACAAACAAACAGUGCCCCAGUCCUGUGGCCCAGCUCCCUAAGUUCACCGAGGCAGAGAAGCAGCUCCUGAAGGGCUCCGCUGACUUUCUGGGUCUGUCCCAUUACACUUCCCGCCUCAUCAGCAAGGCCCAAGGAGAUACCUGCGUCCCCAGCUAUGAUACCAUUGGAGGCUUCUCCCAACACGUGGACCCUGCGUGGCCCCAGACCGAAUCCCCUUGGAUUCGUGUGGUACCCUGGGGUAUAAGGAGGCUGUUGCAGUUUGUAUCCUUGGAAUACACAAGAGGCAAAGUUCCAAUCUACCUGGCUGGGAAUGGCAUGCCCAUAGGGGAAAGUGAAGAUCUCAUCAAUGAUUCCUUGAGAAUUGACUACUUCAAUCAAUAUAUCAACGAGGUGCUCAAGGCUGUCAAGGAGGACUCAGUGGAUGUUCAAUCUUACAUUGCUCGUUCCCUCAUCGACGGCUUCGAAGGCCCCUCUGGGUACAGCCAGAGGUUUGGGCUGUACCAUGUCAACUUCAACGACAGCAGCAGGCCAAGGACUCCCAGGAAAUCUGCCUACUUUUUCACCAGCAUGAUUGAAAAGAACGGUUUCCUCACCAAGGUAGUAAAAAGACUGCCACCACCCAGUAAAGCAAACGUCCCCCGGAAAAUCAGAGCCUUCACGUUUCCAUCCGAGGUACCCUCCAAGGCUAAAGUAGUCUGGGAAAAGUUCUCCAACCAACCCAAGUUUGAAAGAGAUUUGUUCUACCACGGCACGUUCCGGGAUGACUUCCUGUGGGGCGUGUCCUCGUCAGCCUAUCAGAUUGAAGGAGCUUGGGAUGCUGACGGCAAAGGCCCCAGCAUCUGGGAUAAUUUUACCCACACACCAGGGAGCAACGUGAAAAACAGUGCUACUGGAGACAUAGCCUGUGACAGCUAUAACCAUCUGGAUGCUGAUCUGAACAUGCUUCGAGCUCUGAAGGUGAAGGCCUAUCGCUUCUCCAUCUCCUGGUCUCGGAUUUUCCCGACUGGAAGAAACACUUCUGUCAACAUACGUGGUGUUGAUUAUUACAACAGGCUGAUUGAUGGCUUGGUGGCAAGCAGCAUCUCUCCCAUGGUGACACUGUUCCACUGGGACCUGCCCCAGGCCCUCCAGGAUAUUGGAGGCUGGGAGAAUCCUUCCUUGAUUGAGUUGUUUAACAGCUAUGCAGACUUUUGUUUCCAGACCUUUGGUGACAGAGUCAAGUUCUGGAUGACUUUUAACGACCCCACAUCCCAGGCAUGGUUGGGGUAUGGCUCAGGGAAAUUUCCCCCAAAUGUGAACGACCCAGGCUGGGGACCUUACAGAAUUGGCCAUGCAAUCAUCAAAGCUCAUGCCAGAGUCUAUCACACUUACGAUGAGAAGUACAGGCAAGAGCAGAAGGGGGUCAUCUCUUUGAGCCUCGGUGCACACUGGGCAGAGCCCCAGUCGCCGGGGGUCCCCAGGGAUGUGGAGGCAGCUGACCGAAUGCUGCAGUUCUCACUGGGCUGGUUCGCCCACCCCAUCUUCCGAAACGGAGACUAUCCCGAUGCCAUGAAGUGGAAAGUGGGGAACAGGAGUGAACUACAGCACUUAGCCACCUCCCGCCUGCCCAGCUUCACUGAGGAAGAGAAGAGGUACAUCUCAGCUACGGCCGACGUGUUCUGCCUCAACACCUACUCCUCCAGAAUCGUGCGGCAUGCAACACCCAGGUUAAACCCGCCCUCCUAUGAAGAUGAUCGGGAGCUGACCGAGAGGGAAGACUCUUCCUGGCCCUCCACGGCAGUGAACAGAGCUGCAUCCUGGGGGAUGCGAAGACUGCUCAACUGGAUCAAGGAAGAGUAUGGGGACGUCCCCAUUUACAUCACUGAAAACGGAGCAGGGCUGACAGAUCCGAAAGUGGAAGAUACCAAUAGGAUAUUUUACCACAAAACCUAUAUCAAUGAAGCUUUGAAAGCCUACAGGCUUGACGGUGUCGACCUUCGAGGAUAUGCUGCAUGGUCCCUGAUGGACAGUUUUGAGUGGCUAAAUGGCUACACGGUCAAGUUCGGACUGUACCAUGUUGAUUUCAAUAACGUGAACAGGCCUCGCACAGCAAGAGCCUCUGCCAGGUACUACACGGAGGUCAUCAUCAGUAAUGGCAUGCCGCUGCCCAAGGAAGAUGAGUUUCUCUAUGGACAGUUUCCCAAGGGCUUCAGCUGGAGUGUGGCUACCGCUUCAUAUCAGAUCGAAGGUGCGUGGAGAGCAGAUGGCAAAGGGCUCAGUAUUUGGGACACGUUUUCUCACACACCACUGAGGGUUGGGAAUGAUGACACUGGAGACGUGGCCUGUGACAGUUAUCACAAGAUUGCCGAGGAUGUGGUCGCCCUGCAGAACCUGGGUGUGACCCACUAUCGCUUUUCCAUCUCUUGGACUCGCAUCCUCCCUGACGGAACUACCAAAUACAUCAAUGAAGCGGGCCUGAACUACUACAUGCGGCUCAUCGAUGCGCUGCAGGCUGCCAGCAUCCAGCCCCAGGUGACCAUUUACCACUGGGACCUGCCGCAGGCACUCCAGGACAUCGGAGGCUGGGAGAAUGAGACGGUUGUACAGCGGUUUAAGGAGUAUGCAGAUGUGCUCUUCCAGAGGCUGGGGGACAAGGUGAAGUUCUGGAUCACACUGAACGAGCCCUUUGUCAUUGCUAACCAGGGCUAUGGCUAUGGGACAGCAGCUCCAGGAAUCUCCUCCAGGCCUGGCACUGGUCCCUACAUUGCUGGCCACAACCUAAUAAAGGCUCAUGCUGAGGCCUGGCAUCUGUACAACGAUGUGUACCGCGCCCGUCAAGGUGGCAUGAUUUCCAUCACCAUCAGCAGCGACUGGGCUGAGCCUAGAGACCCCUCCAACCAGGAAGAGGUGGAGGCCGCCAGGAGAUACGUUCAGUUCAUGGGAGGCUGGUUCGCACAUCCGAUUUUCAAGAAUGGGGAUUACCCCGAGGUGAUGAAGACACGGGUCCGUGACAGGAGCUUGGCGGCAGGCCUCAACAAGUCUCGGCUCCCUGAGUUCACAGAGAGUGAGAAGAGGAGGAUCAACGGCACCUAUGACUUUUUUGGGUUCAAUCACUACACCACUGUCCUGGCCUACGAUCUCAACUAUGCCUCUUGGAUCUCUUCCUUCGAUGCAGACAGGGGAGUUGCCUCCGUCACAGAUCGCUCUUGGCCAGACUCUGGCUCCUUCUGGCUGAAGAUGACACCUUUCGGCUUCAGGAGGAUCCUGAACUGGUUAAAGGAGGAGUACAACAACCCCCCGAUCUACGUAACAGAAAAUGGAGUGUCCCAGCGGGAAGAAUCAGACCUCAACGACACUGCUAGGAUCUACUACCUCCGCAGUUACAUCAACGAGGCGCUCAAAGCUGUGCAGGAUAAGGUGGACCUUCGAGGAUACACGGUUUGGACUCUGAUGGACAACUUUGAGUGGGCCACAGGCUUCGCAGAGAAGUUCGGUGUGCAUUUCGUGAACUAUACUGACACUUCUCUGCCAAGGAUCCCCAAAGCGUCGGCCAAGUUCUACGCCUCCAUAGUCCGGUGCAACGGCUUCCCUGACCCCGCUGCAGGGCCACACCCUUGUCUGCAGCAAGAUGCUGAGCCCACCGCCAGCCCCAUGAGAGAAGAGGACGUUCAGUUCCUGGGGCUCAGGCUGGGUACAACAGAGGCCCAGACAGCACUGUAUGUACUCUUUGCUCUAAUGCUUCUUGGAGUCUCUGGUGUGGCAUUUCUGUCCUACAAGUACUGUAAGCGCUCCAAGCAAAAGCAAACACAACCAGGUGAACAGGAAUUGAGCCAUAGUUCUUCACUCUGACCUCAAGUUACCACCUCCUCCAGUUCUGCAAACUAGCCCUAGUUUCUUUGAAGCCUUUGCCACCUCCAGGACCACUGAGGAUCUUAUAAUUUACCCAUAACAGAGUUUGUAAAAGUCUCUGCACUAUUAGAUACUAAUUAAACUUGAAGGAUUUCAAGUCCCUGAUUAAAAUGGAAAUAUCUCCACCGUGCCCCAGUAUCAGGAAUUCACGUGGGCAUUAGAUGACCCUGCGAGUGGCUCUUGUGGAAAUAAGUAGAUACUGAAUGCGUCUACUGGUUCUGUGAGCCACUGAACUGGGCUGUUUUAAUUUUCAGAGAUUUUAAAGGCAAAAACAUUAGUAAGAACCAUAUCAAUCCUUUUCAUAAAAAAUCAACUACAAUGUCAUCUCCUGCCCUCUCUCUUCAGGCUCCCUCCCAGACGCUUACCUUGUGUUCCUCAGAAACUAAAAAAGGUGCUAUUAACUGUG